CAGAACAGGUGGGGCUGCUUAUUUGGGGCCAGUCACCAGGCACAGCAACGCUGAAACCACAGGAUGAGCUCUUCUUGGCUGUCCAGAGAUGUCUUCCAGAUGUUCCCCCUGGUUGCAGCACUAUGCCUGACCUGCUUGCUGUUGAAAAUUAUUCAAAUGUAUUGGAGGAAGCAGGAAAUUGAAAAGGCCUUAGGCAGCUUCCCCGGUGCACCCACACAUUGGCUCUACGGUCACAUCAAACUGAUUCAGCAAGAGCAAGAACUGGACACCACAGAAUCCUGGGGACAGAAAUACCCGAACUGUCACCAACUCUGGUUUGGGCCUUUCUUGGGCUUCUUGCAGAUCAACCACCCUGACUACGCAAAGUCUGUCUUUAGCAGAGGAGAUCCUAAGGCUCUCGAGACUUACAACUUUCUACUUCCAUGGAUUGGACAAGGAUUGCUGAUUUUAGAUGGGUCCAGAUGGUUCCAGCAUCGGAGGCUGCUGACACCUGGGUUUCACUAUGAUGUCUUGAAACCUUAUGUGACCCUAAUGGCAGACUCUGUCCAAGAGAUGUUGGACAAAUGGGAGCAGCUGAUCACACAGGACAAGUCAGUGGAGAUCUUCCAGCACAUCACCUUGAUGACUCUAGACAGCAUCAUGAAAUGUGCCUUCAGUUACCAGAGCAACUGCCAGACCAACAGUGACAAUAAGUACAUCCAAACGAUCCUCAAUCUCAGCCACAUGGUGUAUCAGAGAAUCCAGAAUCCUCUGCAUCACAGCGAUCUCAUUUACUGGCUCAGUUCUCAAGGACGUCAUUUCAAUAAGGCCUGCAAAUUAUCCCACCUCCAUACAGAUAAAGUGAUCAGAGAAAGGAAGGAGGCCCUCAAGGAUGAGCGAGUGCUGGAGGAGAUCCUGAAGAAGAGGCAUCUGGACUUCCUGGAUAUUCUCCUCUGUGCUAAGGAUGAAAAUGGAAAUGGAUUAUCCGAUGAAGACCUACGUGCCGAGGUGGACACAUUCAUGUUUGAAGGUCAUGAUACCACAGCCAGCGGGAUCUCCUGGCUCCUCUACUGCAUGGCCAUGCACCCUGAGCACCAGCAGAGAUGCAGGGAAGAGAUCCAGGAGAUCCUGGGAGAUCGGGACACAGUUCAGUGGGAAGACCUUGGGAAGAUGACUUACACCACCAUGUGCAUCAAGGAGAGCCUUCGUCUUUACCCUCCAGUACUACAAGUCGGCCGAAAACUCAGCACUCCUGUCAAAUUUGAUGAUGGACGGACCUUACCAAAAGGCUGUCUGGUCUCACUGACUAUUUUUGGUCUUCACAGAAACCCCACAGUCUGGGACAAUCCAGAGGUCUUUGACCCUUCACGGUUCUUGCCAGAAAACUCAGCUAGCCGCCAUCCCUACGCUUUCCUGCCUUUCGCAGCUGGGCCCAGGAACUGCAUUGGGCAGCAGUUUGCCAUGAACGAGAUGAAAGUGUCUCUUGCCCUGACUCUGCUCCGCUUUGAACUCUCACCUGAUCCAGACAAACCGCCCAUCAAAAUACCUCAGAUCAUCCUACGCUCCAAAAAUGGGAUUUAUCUGCACCUGAGGAAACUUUACUGACGUGUACAUUAGCUGCCCUGGAGUGUGAUACAGAACGGAGGUUGAUCUGAGCUGGGCGUGGAAGAAAAUUUCUGUUUUUCAGGAAAGUCUUCAAUUUUGCUUUUUAUUACUAUUAAUAUUCUUCUAAAUCAAAAUGAAAAUGAAGCCUUUUGAAAAUAUCCUGCAAAACAGAAUCUUUAAAGCGACAUAAUUUGGUCUUUAACAUCGCCUAUUAUGCGAGUUAUUUUCUUGACAAAGGGUGCAUCUACAUGUACAAUGAAUGUGCAGAAAGCUUACUGCA